AUGCCACGUUUGUCCGAACUCUCUCUCAGAAAAAACUUACUUCGAAGUUUUCCUUGGAGAUCCUUAAGAAAUGCUUCUCAUCUCCUUGAGAUAUCAUUAAGCAAUAAUCGUCUGACAAACGUUGAUAUUACUGAAGACAGCGCUCCGAGAAACCUCCGUAAACUUUCAGUAGCUUCAAACAAUCUACAGUUCAUCACGCCCUUUCCAAAUCUCCCAUGCCUGACACAUCUUGUGCUGUUCGAUAACAAACUUCGGGAUUUCCCUUGGGAAUCACUCCUGAACCUUCCACGUUUGGCGGACCUGAUUUUGUCCUCCAAUAGUCUGGCACGUGUAGGGCCUGGGGGUAUCUUAAACCGUCUAAAGCAUCUUGAGAUAGUCGAUCUUCGAGGCAACAACCUAACAAGAUUACCUGAAGCGUCUCUGCGUACUGACAGGUCCAUCCAACUGCGGUUGGCAGGCAACCCUAUACCAACAGAACUGGAGUGA